UUUAUAUUGAUUUUUUUUUAAAAAUAAUAUAUUGUAUUUACAAUGACGAAUAUAUAAUAAAUAAUAAAACAUCAUAAAAGAACAUCGAUUACAUAACAAUUAUGAUAAAAUAAAUAAAUAACAAAUUUGUGGUUUUUUUUUUUUUUUUACAAUAACAUUAAUAGUACGAUACAAUCGGACGGAUAGUUUUCUUCUGUACACUUGCUCUCCUCCCUCGGCGUCAAAAACGUCCGACAAAAAAUUACAAACGAAUACAAUAAAUACAACACAAACAAAUAUACACGUGAGUUCGACGUUAUAAUAUUAUACACGUGGGGUCGUACAGUAAAUAAUAAUUCCUUUCGACGGGAUCCACCGACAACGGGUAAACGGAACAAGACUAGAUUCUUUUUUGGACGGGUGAUGGGGGGGGGGAAACAAAAAUGGAGUUGAUUGCGAAAAAAAAUGAAUAAAUAACGGUUAUAGACUAAAUAAUAUGUAUAUAUGUACACGUAACGGCAAUAGUAUAAUGAUUACAUUACAGUAAUAUCAUUUUUACGUGGGAUGUGAGAGGUGCAGUGCAACGUUAUAGAGUUUCGACUGUUGUACUUAGCAAUUACUAAAGUGUAUUAUAAUAAUCGUGUUAAUAAAAAAAAACCCUGAGCGAAACGAAACGGUAAAAAUCAAAAUUUCUCCUCUUGACCGUAUUCAAAAGGUUAGGCGACGCCCGGCCGAAACCGCUAUGGAAAUCGGGUACGCGUCACGCUAUGCCUCACGCACGAUCGAACGUGUACACCGCCAGAACGCGAACCGGACGUUUGUGUGUUCUGUCGCGAAACACGCGGCCCGUGGCGGAAAACGCGCCGGAAUCCGGCGAAUCGGAGUGUACAACGCAGAGAAACGCAAAGUGAAACGCGAAAACUUCGAAUACCCGCACGGCUGUCCGGCCAGCGCGAUGCUUGCGUGUCGAUAUACGGUAGCCAGUCGGGUCGAAGUGCGAAACAAAUACGAUAGAAUGUUACAUUGGUUCACGAUAAAACCGAGGGAAAAACACCUCUGGACAAAAAAAAAAAAUCACGAGUCCUAAUUACAAUAAUAAACGAAUAAACAAAUAAACAAAUAAAUAAAUAAAUAAAUAAAUAAAUAAAUAUAAUAUACUAUAUGAAUGUACAUAAAAUUGUAAAUAUUACAAUUUGAUCAUGGCCAUCUCAAAAAUGUGGGUAUUUUUUUGUUUUCUAUUUUAGUUUCGGAGAAGGGUGGACCGGGGACGUUACGUAUUAAACAUAGUGAGAUAGUGAGUAAGCGCGCGAAUAAAUAAUUAACAAAAAAAAAAACAACAUUAACAUUAAAGUAAGUACGAGUGAGUGCGGCGUACAAGUAUAGGCGAGUAAACAAUUAUAUAAUAAUAUGGUAAUAAAAAUAAUAAAAAUUGUUUUUACAAAAAAAAAAAAAAUCCGACGUUCUCGCGACAACUGCGAGAAUAUUAUGUACAUGAUGUCGUAAUAUAGUAAUAAUAUAGUGGAUAGAUCAGUCUUAUGAGAUGGCCAUAUUUUAGUCUUUAAAUUUACGCGUUAUCACUUUGAAUUCAAAAAAAAAAAAAAAAACUAACAAACAAAACGUAAUAUUUUCGAAAUAUUAAGUAAAAUUCGUAAAACGUAAAAAAUAAAUAAAUAAAUAAUCGACGAGUAGGUAAGUGUAAAAAAAAUAAUAUUAAUAUAACAUUAUUCUAGUAUAUUAUUACCUACCUAUAUCAAAAUUUGUAUUAUUUUAUACAAGACAUUCGACACGACAAAACAAUUAAUAAUAUUAUAAUAUAUAUAUAUAUAAGUACAAAAAUAAUCUCAAACCGGUUGAUAAUAUAAAUUAUAAUAUCGGGUUGUAUUUUUUUUUUUUUUUUUACUAAAUAAAAAAAACAAAUUGUGUCAGUUCGAUUAGAGAUAAUAUUAUAAUUACCGAUUCUUUUUUUUCUUCAAAAAACAAAAAAAAAAAAAAAAAAACGAAUUGCAUUAAAAACAA